CGGGAACUAAAAUGGGACCCAGCUUUGCUUGCUUGUUUGUUGGAUGGUUAGAACAACGUAUUUUCGAUUCAUAUGAUGGUACCAAACCCGAUAUGUUUAAGCGCUACAUUGAUGACUGCGUGGGAACAGCCUGGUGUCAUUAUGACGAACUCACUAACUUUAUAUCCUAUGUUAAUGACUACCAUCCGGCAAUCAAGUUCACCCACGAAAUUUCUGCUACCAAAGUUGCAUUUCUUGACAUUGAACUAUCUAUAUCUGGUAAUAGUAUCUCUACUAGUAUCCACUAUAAACCAACUGACGCACAUACCUACUUAACGUAUAAUUCGUCUCACCCCAGUGCAUGUAAACAAGGUAUUCCAUAUUCUCAGUUAUUGCGACUACGAAGAAUUUGCAGUGAUGACGACGAUUUCUCGAAUCAAGCAGUAGAGAUGAUGUCAUUUUUCAAUCAUAGAGGAUACCCCUCAUCUGUCACCAACCAUGCUCUUCGUCGUAUUACAGGUACCUCCCAAACCGACGCUCUAGAACCCACUGCUACUUCGUCCACUGACAGAGUUCCACUUAUGACAUUUCACCCUACCACUACCAAAGUUGCUAGAGUCAUCAAGAAAAAUUACCACAUACUCCAGACUGAUCCAUCUACUAGUGAGAUAUUUCAGCUUCCUCCACUAUGUGCAUAUCGUCGUGAUGCCAGUAUCCGUGACUUACUUGUACAUUCUUCACUUCAACCUAUUUCUGAAAGACCUAAAGGUUCGACUACUCCUUGCCAUCGACCGAGGUGUAAGACAUGUAAACACGUUGUAUCACUUGAUCUACUUAAGGGACCUUCGGGAUACCAUGUCAUUACGGACUCUUUUAGUUGUAUUUCUACCAUUUCUACUAAUGUUAUUUACGGCAUAAUUU